CUUAGUGUAGUAUCUAGAUAGGAAGCAGCAAGCAACCCUCACACAACCCGGACAACCCGCAGAUAGGAUGCAUCGAGUGGGGUAUACUACCGGGUAGCUACAUGCAUUAUCCCCUGCCAACUAGCCCGGUACCGUCCAGGCGGCUAGGUUAUAGAGAUACGUACCUAACCUGGUAUACCUGAUAAGUGACAAAUGGACUUACACCGAACCUACCACUGAACCCCGAGGUCUUUAUCGUUACAUUGAACGCAUUAACCUGGAGAUUUUUAGCGGAUGCGGGCGGGUGGUAGGAUAGGCUAAUUAGAAAUGUAAGUCUGGAGACCUCAAGGUCCACGUAUUCAAUCUAGGUAUUUAAUAACUCCGACUUGUCAUAACUUUCCGCAAGAUGAGUCAAGCAUUCGACGACUUCGUCUUCAUUACCCAUGAGGACGCCGACCUCGCUCAGGCUAAGCCCGGUUAUCUCGGCGAGAUUAGCGAUUUCCUAGACAGCAUCGCCGAUGAUUUAUGGCCUGUCAAUAAGAAGAUACACGACAACCCGGAGCUCGGCUACGAAGAAUUCAUCGCUCAUGAGACGUUGACGAAAUUCAUGGCCAGUAGGUCGGGAUGGAAGGUGACUCCAUCUGCCUACGGCAUGGCUACGGCUUGGGUUGCCGUAUGGGAUAGUGGGAAAAAGGGACCAGUUGUAUCUUUCAACGUCGAGAUGGACGCGUUGGAUGGCAUUGGACACGCAUGUGGUCACAACCUUAUUGCUACUGCGUCAGUGGCGGGUGGAUUGGCGACCGCUAAAAUAAUGGAGGAACACCAAUUGAGUGGGAAAGUUAUCGUGUUCGGAACUCCUGCAGAAGAAGGAGGCGGUGGCAAGAUUAAGCUGUUGGAAGCUGGGGCUUAUCGAGAUCAUAAAGUCGAUAUCAACUUGAUAUCUCAUCCUGGUAUCACCCAAGACACUGCUCUAAUGCGGACAUCUGCGUAUACCGCAUUCAAGGUUGAGUACUUUGGCCGCGAGGCUCACGCAGCAGCAAGUCCUUGGUUGGGAAUCAACGCCCUUGAUGCCUUAAUUACAUCUUACAAUGCAUUAUCUGUCCUCCGUCAGCAGACAAUGCCUGGUGAUGUCAUCCAGGGGAAUAUUACGAACGGCGGGGUGCGGCCGAAUAUAAUCCAUGCAUACACAGCUGGUAAUUUCGUUACCCGCGCAAACACCCAAGCAAGGGUGCAGGAACUGAAGAAGAAGGUCGAUGCCUGCUUCGAAGCGGGAGCGACGGCAACAGGUGCAACGCUCAAGAUGACCCACGUGCAGUCUUAUGCCGACCACGUUCCCAACCGCGUGUUGGGCGCUUCCUAUCGAAAGUACUUCAAUGCGCUCUCACCCCAGCAACCGAUUCCAGGUAACGACAACAUGGACGAGGCCGGAGGCCGAACAAUGGCAAGUACAGACCAAGGUGAUAUAAGUUAUGCCAUGCCCAGCUUGAGCGCAGGGUUUGCGAUUCCCCCGGGACCGGGAGGGAACGGACCUCAUAAUCCGGAGUUCGCCAAGGCCGCCGGGACAAGGGUCGCAUUUGAGCGAAGUCUGCGAGUGGGCAAGGCACUUGCAGGUACCGCUUUGGAUGUUUUGACGCAGGACGGUCUCCUAGAAGAAGUGAAGAAGGCGUGGAAGAAAGAAAUCAAGGGAAACUAGGUAGGUUGGGUUAGGUAGCUGUUUUAUGUUAGACUUUAUGACUUUAUGAAAUAUGAUAUGAGAUAUGAAAUCUGAUUAGAGGUACCUAAGGUAAGGUACGUAAGUGUCCCGUCUGGGGAAUGAUUACCUAGAGUGCUAAAUUUCAGUCUAGUCUUUGUCCUUAAAAUGAUAUAAAGUUCAAGAGUCAGACAGGAAUGAGAAUAAAAAUGAUCAUCACGUGGCGAUAAAGGUG